ACUCCGUCUGCCGCCACGAACAGGGGCCGCUCGAGCCUCGUACCCAGCGGACAGACAGACAGACAGCUCUCUACAUACAACACACAAUGGCGGAACCAGGAGUCAAGCGCGAGCGCGAGGCGGCGGACGACGCGCUGCGAUCGUUCCACGAGGUGCCGAGCGACGCGCAGAAGCCGCGCGAGGACGAGAAGGGCAAGCGCUGGACGCCCGACCAGGACGACGCGCUGCGCAAGGCCGUGGAGGAGUUCGGCCAGCGCAACUGGAAGGCCAUCGCCUCGCGCGUGGACGGCCGCAACCACGCGCAGUGUCUGCAGCGCUGGAACAAGGUGCUCAAGCCCGGGCUGGUCAAGGGCCACUGGUCCUUCGAGGAGGACAGCACGCUCGAGCAGAUGGUGCUGCAGGGCUGCCACUCGUGGGGAGAAGUGGCCGCGCACAUCCCUGGCAGAACAGCGAAGCAGUGCCGUGAACGAUGGAGAAACCACCUGGACCCGAGCAUCAACAAAUCCCCUUUCACGCCGGAAGAAGACACGAUUAUCCAGGAAGGGUUCGAAAAGAUGGGAAACCGAUGGACGCAGAUCGCAGAGUUGCUACCCGGCCGCACGGAAGACGCGGUGAAGUUGCGAUGGAAGGCGCUCAACCCGAACCAGAAGGUAAGGGCGAAACCGGGUCGUCCGAAGCUCAUGCCCGGUAUGACAGUGAACAAGCAGCGGUCGACAGCACCUCCGACUCCUGAUGACGUCGCAGCGACGCUGAUGAAUGGUCCUAUUACGAUGCCCGAGAUGCCGACGUACAGUAAUGCGUAUCCUGCCCCGAUGCCGUACCAACCCAACAGCACACCAAUCACCCCAAUGCCGAUGCCGCCUCUUCACCCUCCGCAAAUGGCAAUGCCUCACCCUGACGAGCCAUUGCCCACGACACAUGUACCAAUGCCGAACCAGUACCCUGAGCCCAUUGUGGAGCCGCUGAGCGAUGAAGUGAAGGCGGAGGAUGAGAUGAACGACGCUGCAAUUCUCAAGGAGCUGCUUCGCAGUCACUCAAACAGUUUGCUGAGCUUUGGCAGUGCGCGGGGCUUGAGCUCAUUCACGGACAUGUCACCAGAAGAUCUUCUUGCAAGUGGCGAGCUGGAUGAAAUGUUCCGCGCGACGGUCUCAAUAUCCAAGGACAGAGGCGAGAGGGGUCGGCUGUCUAGCACGAGCAGCAUGAUGGACAGUUUAACCAGCUCGUUCAAGAACCCAGAGACAUUGCAGAAGGCAGUACAAAACCUGGAUCACGAGGACAAGCACCUGUUCCAGGGACUAAUUGAUAGUUGGCGUGCACAGAAGCCGACUGGUGGCGAUGCUGUGAUCCAGGAGGAGGACCGCAUUGCCAGCUUGCCGGUGGACCCGAACGCGUACUCACAGCACAACUUCGAGACCAGCAGCAGCCGCAACUUGACGCACUCGCUCGACUUUGAGCAGGUGCGCUCCCAGCCGCGACGGAACUCGAACGGAAUUUCGUACGAGCUGGGCAACAUCUCGAACGACAUUGACGACCUGCUGGACUCGGAUCUCAUGCGCCCGAUUCGGAAGGGCAAGAUGUAUUAGUAAGCAGCGAGCAUACUGCACGGUGUUGACGCUGGUGAAGCAGUAACUUGAAGCGAGGGCGGACCAAGUGCUUGUGCGGCUCGUGCGAAUGAAGUGGGGGCCGUCGACGUCUUUAUUUUCAUUUUAUAAGCUGAGUAGGACGACACAGGACACAAGCCAAGAGAAUGGAGAGCGCGCCGCUGCUAAUUCGGAGCAGGCGGUAGAUUCGUGUUGUUGGAGAAAUAAAUCAAUCGGCGUUCAGAGGUUGGCCGGAGCUU